AUGCUUUUCUUAUUAACAAUUUGGAUUAAAUCAGCCUUAUCAUCGGCUUCUUUUGAUAAUGAUAGCAAAUAUGGUAUUGUGAUAGACGCUGGUUCAACAGGAUCGCGUUUAUUUCUUUAUCAAAUACAACAAUCAUAUGGUGAAGAAAUGGGAAAUAUAACACCUGUGUUGGAUGAAUUUACAAAGCCUGUAGUUAAAAAAGUUUCACCAGGAUUAAGUGAUUUUGCUGAUAAACCAAAAGAAGCUGUUACAUAUAUAAAACCUCUAUUAGAUUAUGUUCGAAAAUAUAUACCAGAUGUUGUUGAACACAAUGUUCCAGUAUAUAUUUUUGCAACAGCAGGAAUGAGAUUAAUACCAAUAGAAAAACAAAAUCAAAUUUUAGAUAAUUUACGUAUUCAUCUUCCUUUAAUUUCAAAUUUAAAAAUUCUUGCAGAAAAUAUUAAAGUUAUUGAAGGAAAAUGGGAAGGUAUUUAUAGUUGGUUAGCUGUUAAUUAUAUUCUUGGAAAAUUUAAAUCUGUUAAUUUACCUACUGUUGGAAUGAUUGAAAUGGGAGGAGCAUCAUGCCAAAUUGCAUAUGAAUUACCAAAUGGAUCAAGUGAUUUUCAAUCAGAACAUACAGAAAUAAUUUCAUUGGGAGAAAAUUUAAAAUAUAAAUUAUUUGUAUCAACAUUCCUUGGAUAUGGUGUAAAUGAGGGACAAAAAAAGUAUGAAAAUUAUAUUGUUAAAAAUAAAUUAAUAAAUAUAGAUCAAAAUAAUAUUACUCAACAAAACAUAUCUGAUGAUUGUUUGCCGCAAAAAAUGUCAAAACCUUCAACAUGGAAUAACAGUAUAAUUCGUGUUGGUACUGGUGAUUGGGAAAAAUGUUAUAAUACAAUUAGUAGUAUUAUAAAUGAAAAUGACUCUAAUUCAUGUCCAGAAUUUAAAAAAUGUUAUUUUAAUUAUAUUGAAAGACCAAAUAUUAAUACUAAUCAAAUUGAAUUUUAUGGUUUUAGUGAAUUUUGGUAUUCUUUUGAUAAUAUUUAUAAUUUAGGUGGUAUAUAUAGGUAUAAUAGUUUACAAACAGCAUCAAAAGAAUACUGUAAACAACAAUGGCCAACUAUAUUAUAUAAAAAAAAAAUUCAUUGGUAUAAAAAUGCUGAUAUUGAUAGAUUAAGAGAUAAUUGUUUUAAAACAGCAUGGACAAUGGCUUCACUUCAUAGAGGCUUUGGAUUUACUACAGAUAAUAUAUUAUUUAAAAGUGCAUUAACAAUUGGAAAUCAAGAAGUUCAAUGGGCACUUGGUGCAAUAUUAUAUCAUAUGUAUAAUAUAAUACAUUCAACAAAAUACAAUAAUUCAACAACAUUUUAUAAGAAUAAUAAUUCAUCAGAUGUACCAAGUUAUAUAUUAUUUUUUGUUAUAACAAUAAUUUGUUUCAGUGUUGUUGUAUUUAUUUUUAUAAAAAUGAAAAAAAAACAAGAAUUAUUACCAACAUAUAAAAGAAAAUCAUUUCCAUUAUGA